AGAACUCCCAACAUGCACUGCAACCGCAGUUCUGGAAGCUUCUCCUCCAGCUCUCUUGGAGGUUACCUGGGGCACCCCGUUUCCACCUAUGACUCUUUCUACCCCAGCAAUGCAGUCUACUCUCCCAACACCUGCCAGCUGGGCUCCUCUCUCUUUGGUGGCUGCCAGGAGACCUACUGUGAGCCCACCAGCUGCUGGACAUCCUGUACCGGGGCCAGAUCCUACCAGACAUCCUGCUUCCGUCCAAAGAAUUCCAUCUUCUUCGGACCCUGCCAAACAAAUUACACUGGAUCUCUGGGAUGUGGAAACAUUGGCCUUGGGUCUUUUGGUUAUGGGAGCACUGGUUUCCAAUCUCUGGGCUGUGGGUCCAGCUUCUAUCGUCCAACUUUUUUUUCUUCCAGGAGUUGCCAGUCAACUUGUAACCAACCAGCUUUUAGCUCUCGCUUUUUUAGGUCAGCUUACUGA